AGCCCAGUGGGGUUCACAUCCACUCACAUCCAGUUCACGUCCAGGUGGAUUCUCAAGCCAGUUUUCCCAUCAUGAAUAUGUGGUUCAGAUGUCACUUCCUGUUUGCAGGGCUGUUUGUGAGCAUCUCAGCCCUGACUCCUGAAGAAUGUCUCCCUCUGGUCACGCCUUUGGAUCUGGCCAACCACAGCAUGCUGCACGACAGGUUGAACUUCAUCGUGGGAUACACUGACACCGAAGCAUUUAAGGUCAUCCUGAAGUCAACCGACAGCUCCUGGGCGAAACUGUCCUGGUGGCCGAACAGCAACACUCAUGCUGUCAUGCACCAGGGGAACAGGAUGAAUGGAACCUGCUUUAAAUCAAGCAACAACGUUACUUUUGAAGACAACACCGGAGUGUCAGUAGUCGGCGAUAUCACCUCAACGUUCCAUUUGCUGCCGACCUGUGAAGGCUGUCUGGUCCUCAACGUCAGCAUCGUCUCCAGAAACCUCAACAAGGUUCUUCAGUUACUGAAAGUCGACAGCACUGUUAAUGAGGAGGUGGUCACCACUCAUUCUCUUUAUCUAAUGGCCAGAAACUCAACCCUGAGCGACUCAGACCUGCAACAUUUCAGGCAGCAGGCGAGCUGCCUCGGAUUCCCCGGAGAACCAGACUUCCACUACGACCCCAAGAAUGAUUUCUGUGGUGAAGACGAAGGCCUUACCCUGCAGUUCGUCUGAAGUGAAAGCAAAUUUCAUGACUGGAAGUAAAAAAGUGACUCAAAG